UGCAGCCUUAAACAAUUUGUAUGUGUUAUAUCCUCAAUGCCCACCAAACCCAUCUCCCAACUUACCAUAUAAAAAGCGCACACAUUCUGCAAUUUGGGUAUUAUCUUGGCGACUAAAGUUCUAAGGUGUGUAGUCUUAUUGUUGGAGAAGUUGGUGUUUGAUCGAAAGUUCUGAAAUAUGGGAGCUUACCCGCAAUCGCAACUUCUUGGCAUUAACAUGAAGGGUAGCAUGCUCCAAGGAAAUGAGCAAAGUUGCAGUGCAAAUGGGUCUUCUUUGCGGGGCAAAAUAAUGGAAGCCCAAGGCAAGAGAAGAUGGCAAGGGAUCAGCAAGCAGCGUCGGAUGAUCCCUAGGAGUAGGAGACAUAUUGGAGGACAUGUCAAGGGCAAAAGGCCUACCGGGAUUUUGAUGAAGAAGAUGGCGCGUUCAGGUUCAAGGAAGCAUGCAAAUGGAAUUGGAAGAAAGGUUAGAACCCUAAAGAGGCUGGUUCCGAACAGCGAAUCCAUGGGAUUGGAUGGACUUUUCAGAGAGACAGCUGAAUACAUAUUGUCGUUGCAGAUGAGAGUCAGAGUCAUGCAAAACAUGUUCGAUGCAUUGACAAAUUCUGAUGAGUAAUCAAUACAUUUGUAAAGUCUGUAAUGAUUCUGCUUGAUCCUCAUCUUCUCAUUUUAUUUUUUAUUUUUUAUUCUUCACCCUUUUCUUUUAUGAUUUGUCUGUUGGAUCUCUUGUGAUUCAAAGACAUAGUAGCUUUAGUAUACUAAGUGCUCAUGUUGUCUAGAUCUACAGCAGCUUGGUCGUUUUAUUCGGUGAAAAUAGUAACUUUGAGAUAAACGAGGAGUCAUGUCAGUGGAUCAUGAUGUUUUUAUUUUCCACGCACGUCGAUGUCAAAGUUGAUUCAACUUAUAAUAAUUUGAAUUUUACUCACAAUUAUUA